AUGCAGAUCUUCGUCAAGACUCUGACUGGCAAGACCAUCACCCUUGAGGUUGAGUCGUCUGACACCAUCGACAAUGUGAAGAGCAAGAUCCAGGACAAGGAGGGCAUUCCCCCAGACCAGCAGCGCCUGAUUUUCGCUGGAAAGCAGCUUGAGGAUGGCCGCACCCUCUCCGACUACAACAUCCAGAAGGAGUCCACUCUGCAUCUCGUGCUCCGCCUGCGCGGUGGUAUGCAGAUCUUCGUCAAGACCCUCACUGGCAAGACCAUUACCUUGGAGGUUGAGUCCUCUGACACCAUCGACAACGUCAAGUCAAAGAUUCAGGACAAGGAGGGUAUUCCUCCAGACCAGCAGCGUCUGAUCUUCGCCGGAAAGCAGCUUGAGGAUGGUCGUACCCUCUCCGACUACAACAUCCAGAAGGAAUCUACUCUCCACUUGGUCCUCCGUCUGCGCGGUGGAAUGCAAAUCUUCGUCAAGACACUCACUGGCAAGACCAUCACGCUGGAAGUUGAGUCAUCAGACACAAUCGACAACGUCAAGUCCAAGAUCCAAGACAAGGAGGGAAUCCCACCAGACCAGCAGCGACUCAUCUUCGCAGGCAAGCAGCUCGAGGACGGCCGAACACUGUCAGACUACAACAUCCAGAAGGAGAGCACACUUCACCUGGUUCUUCGUCUUCGUGGCGGCCAGUAG